GCCACCGGGGCACUGGUCGUCGUCGCAAUUCGGGUCUGCAAGCUGCUCGCCCGCGAGAGGGGACCGUUCGAAUUUAACUCUGCUGUCGCCCUCGACGUCGAACUUCCUUUCUGUGUUGCCCCGUUCUACAAGAGAAGAAAAAGAAUCCUGUCGAAACCCGGCGUAGUUCUGCCGUGAGGAAGAAACAUGAAGGCCAUCAGACGGUCUCUCAAAGGGGAGCACAAGUCCGGUCAUAAUUCGAUUUCGAUUGCGCAGAAGAAGUACACAGUCGGCUACAAGUCGGCCAUUGCCUUACCGCCAAAGAAGGUAAUCAAAGCAAUAUACGACUACGAGCCCGAGCCUGGCAAUUCCCAGGAGCUAGCCUUCACCAAGGGUGACUUCUUCCAUGUCGUCAGCCGCGAGGACGACCCUGAUUGGUACGAAGCGUGCAACCCGCUGAACGAGGCAAGGGGCCUGGUGCCGGUGUCUUAUUUCGAGACCGUCGGCAAGAACGAGAGGGAUAGCGGAGGAUCCGUUGAAGCCCACAAACAGAACCUGCACGACUCAGGUUUCUCUGAUCGCACUUCGCCAGCGCAACCAGACUCGACCAACUCCAGCAAAUCCGGGGCUUUCGCUCGCAUGUCCGCCAUGGGGAAGGGAGCUAUGGUAUAUGGCGUCGUCCAGUACGACUUCCAGGCUGAGCGCCCGGACGAGCUGGACGCAAAGGCCGGGGAGGCCAUCAUCGUCAUUGCCCAGUCGAACCCGGAGUGGUUCGUGGCCAAACCCAUCGGUCGCCUGGGCGGUCCCGGCCUGAUUCCAGUGUCGUUCAUCGAGCUGCGAGACAUGACGACCGGCCAGGCCGUGGCAGACCCUCUGGAAGCGGUGAGAAAGGCGGGUGUACCCAAGGUGGAGGAAUGGAAGAAGAUGACCGCCGAAUACAAGAACUCCAGCAUCACACUCGGAAAACUGGAUUCGACGAGCACGUCGAGUGUGCAGUCCGUCACGACCAGUAUGCGGAAGAUGUCCGUGACUCCCGACACCCCGGGUCACACCAACGGACAACAGAACGGACAUCAUCAUGAUUCCGGAUAUGCGGCGGUUGGACAGCCAACUCCGCAGUUCCGCGAGCCUUCCUAUCAACCACCUCUCCUGGCUCCGGUGUCGGCAUCGAUCCCCCGAUACUGUUUCGACAACGACAAGUACUGGUAUAUCAUUGAGGUUAAGAUGGAAGACGGUCGCUGGUGGGAGCUAUCGCGAUACUACCACGACUUCUACGACUUCCAGAUCGCCCUGCUCACCCAGUUCGAGGAAGAGGCGGGUAACCGCGGCAAGCCACGGACACUGCCGUUCAUGCCCGGGCCCGUCACUCAUGUCACGGAUGCCAUCUCGAACGGUCGCAGACAGAAUCUCGACGAGUAUGUCAAGAAGCUUCUGGCCAUGUCUCCCCACAUCUCUCGUUGCCAGCUCGUGAGACAGCUCUUCGCCCCUAGACCGGGCGACUUCGAAAUUGACCCCAACGCUCUGGGCGAUGAUUACAGACACUCUGGUGGUUCGCAACAGUCGUCCGUCCACGAUGUCUCGCGCACCGUGUCUCGACAGUCGUCCCAUGGACAGAUCAACGGUGGAGCGGGAGCCUACCCCGGAGUCGGCAACCGCGUCAGUCACCAGCGUUCUCAGGCCUCGAUGUCGCAGACAAACGGCCCCCCGCAGUCGCGCCUGGAGAUUCAGGCGCAGUCCAUGAAUCGUCAGCCCAGCUCUCUGACUCAGGCAUCUACGUCCUCGAAUACCGGCGCAAUGAAGAUCAAGGUCUUCUACCAGGACGAUCUUAUUGCCGUCCGUGUGCCCAACGAUGUCAAUUUCCAGGGGCUGAAAGAGAAACUCCAGGAUCGUUUGAAGGUCAACGACGAUAUUAUUAUCCAGUACAAGGACGAUUCGAGCGGCAGCUUUGUGGAGAUCAUCAGCGAUACCGACCUGGACACCGCUCUGCAGAGAAACCCAAAGUUGACACUAGUGGUCAACCAUGCCUAAGUCACUUUCAUGGGAGAAAAUCCCUCUUUUUAACCUGGGACAGCAUAUUUUGUAGCGGAUGUGGCGUCGCCGGCGUUUCAAUCGAUAAAACGGGGGUUCUCAAGAAACCAAAAAAAGCCAACCGCCUCCCCGGCGCAAUUAUCUUUUUCUUGUUCUAAAAUGUUUCGUACCCUUGGACGACGGAUGAUGGAAUGAACCUUGCAGUGAUGUCUUUUUUUUUUUUUUUCAUGUCUUUUUGAUUUUCAUUUGCCGUGUGGUGCUCAUCUACGGUUUCUAUUUCAGCACUCCUUCUGUAUUUCCUUGCCCUUCGUGUCGUGCGAUAAAGUUGAUCCCCUCAUACCCUGC